UGAACGUUCAGCGGCAAUCUGCGACCGACGCACACGCCCAGUCAUACCGUACACAGCGACCGAAGCGACCGAAUAUUACGCACACACGCGCGCUCGCGCCAGAAACAGCUCUAUAGUAUAUUUACGUAUAUAUAAUUUUAAAAUUACGCAUAGAGACGGGACGCGACUUAUUGUAUUUUUAUUUUAUAUUUUGUUUAGAAGGAAACAGUAUUGUUUACGAAUAUCGAUUUAUUAGUAACUAUAAUUGUUCAAUAGCUUGUACGCGCGCGUGUUCCGCAGCGUAGACGGGUACAGUUACGGCCGACGUGCAAUCCAUCGCGCUCAGCGUUCGCUACAUUCGCUGCGACGUUUACGUUUACAAUCGGCAGUGCAGAUUUUCGGAUCGAAUUUUUGCGGCGACGCGUCACCACGGUUAAUCGUCCGGAAGCGGUGCAGGAAAUAAAAACCGAAACGCGCAUCGGAAAUACGGAAAUACGGAACGCGGGACAUCGAUAGUAAGAGUAAUAACAGAAGAUUGGUGACGGUCGACGGGAUAACAACGAUGUUGGACGUUUUGCUCGCGUGUGACUCAUAUACGGCUGCGGUAACGGUGCUGCUGGUGCUCGUGCUGCUGUACUGGGUGUUCGAGGUGCACUACUUCGCGCGCACAUUCUGGUGCGCGGCCACGUGCCGGCUGUUCAAGAAGUAUGUGCACGUGCUGGACACCACGUCGUACUCGUCGGCGUGUCUGACCACAGACGUGGACUUCCUGCUGUUCCAUAUGAACAACUCGCGGUACCUGCGUGAGGUGGACUUCGCGCGCACCGAGUUCUACACACGUACCGGCCUGUGGCGGGCGAUUCGCGACAAGGGUGGGUUGCCGGUGCAGGGCGGCACCACCAUCAGGUACCGGAAGUUUAUCCGCACAUUCAGCAUGUACAGCAUCUCGUCCCGGAUCGUGUACUGGGACAAGGACUCGGUGUACAUGGAGCACCGGUUCGUGAGCAGGGGCGACGAUUUUGUCAACGCGAUCGUGCACUGCCGCCAGCGGGUGAUCAACUGCGACGUGGAGCAGCUGAUGGGUGAGCUGCUGGCCAAGCACGCCAAGGAAAACCCCGGGAACCAGGAGGCACCGCGGCUCAAGCCCGAGUGUCCGUUGGAGAUACAUCACUGGAUGCAGGCUAACUUGGUGUCCAGCGCCAACCUGCGCAACGGCAACUGACCGACGUCCGCCGCCGCUUUCGGUCUUAUUCCGGCCGUUCCGGCUGCUCUCCUAUCGCCACGCAAUGCGGUACAUUCGCGUUCUCGACUGAAUUUCACAUCACGCGCGCGUACCUCCAUUCAAGGGUCAUAGCAUUGUUCCAUCGACCAUUUAUUAUCAAUUGUAUUAUUAUUAUUAUUAUCAUUAUGUUGCAUUCGUUUGUCAAUUUUCGUUUAUUUAUUUUUUCACAUUUAAUUUAUUUAUUAUUUUAUCGGUCGCGUACGGCGUGGGAUUUUUCGUGUACCCAUGACACCGUUUGUCCGCGUAUUUCAUCAAUGUUUGCCCUUAGCCUUUCGCCCUUUUGUCCUGAUUUUUGCGGGGACCAUGCUCGAAACGUUGUUUACAACGGUCGAUCGGUUUCAAAACUUCAAACCGCGUGUUAUUCGUCAUUCAUAUUGCAAUCGUGUUUAUCAUCGUGGUCCGUUAAAUUCUAGUCAUUACAACGGUGUUUCCCAUACGGUGUCCUAAAACACUGGUAUGCGGAAAUAUCACCAAAACGAUUCCGCGUACGUUAAAGUUAUUAAAGUUAUUAUACAUCGUAACGAGGAUCCAAUUGUUUUUUAAUAAUAUGUACGUUAGCAUGGACUUGCGUGUACGACGCAAGUACUGAUACGUCCCCGUGGUAAACAAUAACUAACAGUAGGAAGGAGGCUUAGACGACUAACAGAUAUUGAUCUUCUCGAAUAUUGUGAUAUUGUAUAUUAUAUUUGAUUUGUAUGUACCUAUGUAAAUAUAUAUGUGUUAUUAUUUUGGACUUUUCGGUGAAAAAGAAUGAGACGUACGUGCUCAGUACUGUUUUGCCGAAGCGUUGACACGCUACACGAAUCGCUGUUUACUGUUUGACGGCGACAAGUGAAUUUGAUAAGUGUAAACUGUUACAGUAUUAUAACAUGUGAUUUUUUACGCUCGAAAA